UCAGCUCAGAUGAAAUAUGCUUUUAGAAUUUCCGAGUAUUUGUGAUGCACUUGAAGGCAGCAACGUCACACAAAUGGCGGACGUUGUAAACACAGCUAACAGUUUCUCCGGGGCCAAAGUGAAAGCUGUGUUUUUAACAUGGACAGUGUAGAGUUUGACCGGUUGGACAGCUUGGAGGGGUGGGUGGCAGUUAAAAGUAACAUAUUUGAAGAGAAUGAGCCCUUUAAGUUGGGUUUUAUCGUCCAGUGGAACGCUAUCGAGUCGAAGUUCGCAGUAACCUGCCACAACCGGACGUUACAGCGGCAGAAACGUAAGGCUGAGGUCCCCGCCGGUGGCGAGCCUCAGAUGAGCUGGGCAGGACUGUUCUCCGUGAACGACCUGAAACACGUCCACCAACAGUUCACAUGCGUGGCGGACGUCCUGGGCGGCUGCUUCCCGGAUUUAUCCGACUUUGGGGAAAGUAACAUUUGGGACUUGCUGCUGUCGAAUCGGAAGUCCGGUCCGGAGGAUGACGAACAGAGAGACUUUGACAUGCCGUGCAGGAAGCUGGAAAAAUACUUCAGCACAGCCAUUGACCUGUGCGGGAGAAAGAUCGUCCUGGAGACUCUGUUCACCCAGGAUGAGAGGGAUGUGGAUGAGUACUUUGAAAAUCUACAGGAGUUCAAAAAGAAGACCAUGCAGGAGGAGAUGUCAAGGGCCAAGGGUCACCUGAAGGAGCUGCUGCAGACUCACAGCACCACUAAUGGGAUGGUGGCACUGCUGAGCAUCUAUGAGAAGGAAGAUGAAGCCUAUCAGGACCUGGUUACUGUCGCCACCAGCUUCUUCCAGUACCUGCUGCAACCCUUUAGAGACAUGAGAGAACUGGCCUGCCUUUACAAGAUGGAGAUUCUGAAAUCUUUGGAGUUUGAGGAGUUGGGUCCCAAGAGGAUUGCAGCUCUGGAGAAGGAGGCGGAGGAGUGGAGAAUGAAAGCAGAGGAUGCAGUCGCCUCCAUUCAGGACAUCACUGUCAACUACUUUGCACAGACUUCAAAGGCCCUGGCUGGCAUGGUAAAGCAGAUGGAGGAGGAUAAGAAACGUUUUGGAUCCGCUGCCUGGGCGUCUGCAGCUCCCAGACUGGAGAAGCUGCGCUUCCUUUUAGCUAAGGAAACCUUGCAGCACAUGCGAGCAGCAGAGAUGUGCCUCAGCCGCAAGAAGGAUGCCAUCAAAGAGCGGCUGGAGAACUUGUCAGGGAGAGUCCAGAACCAGAGAGCUGAGCAGGGGUCGGCGUUUGAGGCCGGUCAGAAACGCGACACAGUGGACCAGCUUGAACUGCAGUUCUAUGAAACCCAGCUGGAACUUUAUGACGCCAAGUUUGAGAUCCUGAAGAAUGAGGAGCAGCUGCUGGUGGCUCAGAUAGACACCCUGCGUCGACAAAUUAAAGAGCUGAAGGAGGAGGUGGUGUACUACGAUGUGUGUGAGGAUCAGGAGGAGCUGCAGAGCAUGGUCCACACAGCGCUGCAACAGGCCGAACCGCCACUAAUGCGUCAGCUCAAACGACGCCUGCAGACCCUGGAGACCAAGAGGGGCAACAUCUGUGCUCGGAGGGCUUACCUGAGGAACAAAAAGGAUCAGUGCAUGGACGCCCAGGAGCAGAAGCAGCAGGCGGCCAAGCACAGCUCGAUAGUCUUCAACCAGCAUCAUCAGGUCCACCUGAAACGGGAGAAGAGGAAAGAGGAGGAGCAGAGGAGGAAGGAGUGGGUGGACCAGGAGCGAGAGAAGACCCUGAGCAGAUUACGAUCCUUCAGAGAGAAGCGACAGGGACAGUACAUCCUGAAGACGCCUCAGUCCAGGAAGUCUCCCUCAGAAGUGUCCUGUCCCUCCCAGCCGUUGUCCAUCAUCAGCCUGUCUCCGUCUGACUCUCCUGACGAGCCGUCCGCCGUCCGCCCGGCUCCUAGACGCAGCAAAACACCCAAAAAGCAGCAGCCUAAAGACAUCCCUGUUCAGAUCUUCUCUGCGCCGCCUCCGCCAACAUUAACCUGCCCCACUGCGCCGCCGCCACCUCCUCCUCCUCCUCCACCUCCACCACCGCUUCCACCACCGCCUCCUGCCAUUCCACCUCCGCCUGUCCGAGCUCCACCUUCCCCCCAGGACACGCCGAUGCCUCUCAGCGAAAAGGAGAAGCCUCCUUUUCCAGCCAAGAACACGCUCAAGCAAAACAUAGGAACUAUGGAUGAAGUGUUGGCCUCGCUGCAACGCGGACAGAUUAAACUGCGAAAGGUUCCCGAUGCUACGGACAACUCUGGGUUAGACGCGAGGAGCAAUCUGAUGUCCGCCAUCCGAGAGGGAGUCAAACUGAAGAAGGUGGUUCCCACGCGAGAGGAAGUCCCGAGCGGCGCCGACAACGAGCUGGAGCGCAGCAUCAAAGCCGCCAUGAUGAGGAUGAAGAAGGUGGCGGCUGACUCGGACGACGAGGACCGAGGCGACGACGACGACUCGCAGAGCGCCGACUGGGACAGCUGAGAACACAAACCUGCAGAAGAAGCCGCUCUGACACAAACCCAGCCCCCACUCCCCCCCCAAAUCCCUUCCUUCACGGCUUGUCUGCCCGAAGCUCGUGCUACGGCCAGAUUUAACCAAAAACACGCUGCUGCUGCUUCUUCUUCGUCUGACAAGAACGGGAUUACGCCUCUUCCGACUUAAACGCUUUAGUUUGUUGGAGCUGUCGCGCACUAAUCCCAUUGGUCCUCCUAAAGCAGCACCGAGAUGUAAGAGAUCCAAAAAGGCUCCGAUCCGGCUAAGUACUAAGAGAGAGAAUCGGGAUUUAAUCUCUUCUGAAACCUUUUUUUUUUCCUAGUUCUGGGAGGAUUCUUAAAGUGAAUGGCUAAAUGGGAUGUUCUGCAUUAUAAAGCAAAGGCGGUCGGCGGCACUGAAGCGCAGCGUGUGAAUGAUUGAAACUUACACAGCCGUCUGCCUGAAGGCCUGUAGUGAAGCUGCUGCUCAGCAGGGAGAAACUAAUUCCUCUGUCAUAUUUCUGAAUCUUAACUCAGUAUCUUGAAUGUAGUAAACGCGUUUCCUCAGAUAUAAUCCAGCCGCUGUAUUCCGGAGUAUUUACUGUAAACUAUGAAGAGCAGUGGUGUGUAAAGCCUUCAGCGUUGUUUGUACUACAAGCUGCCGUGUCCAAGUAAUCAGCUAAUUCUUCCUUCACCACGCCACAAGUAAAGAGAUCAAUUAGAAAUGAAGGAUACCUUUUUUUUUUUUUUUUUUAUAAAUAUGUGCAAUAACGACCCAUCUAAUCAUCUAAGCCUUGGUUUGAAUUGAUUUCUGACAAAAAGCAUUAAAAUGGUUCAGAGUAAAUAAAACGUCUGUUCACUGAGCUGCACUGGAAACACAUGUACUGGUUUAUGAAAAAUAAACCCAGAUAUGAAACCUUU